UUUGGAGAAUAGUAGAGUUGAUUUAGAAUCUAAACCGUUACUUUCAGUGGAAACUUCAAAUUUUCUGAGUUUUGGAUUAAGAGCUCAACUUGAACCAUUUAGGAUGAUAAUGGAUGAAAUGUCCACAUGGUAGGAGAAAUGUGCAGCUGUUAGGUUGUCUAGUAAAAUGUGGAAGUUGAACAAAAUAAGCUUUCGUUCCUUCCAAGUUUUGACUUCUUUCUUUUGAGAAUAGAUAUCCCUUUGUUGCUUAUUUUUCUUGCACAUUCAUUCAUUCUCUUUGUGAUGAUCUUAGGUGCAUGAGUGGUUUGACCAAGAUGAUCAAGAAGCUGAUGAGUGGAGAGCUAGGAAAAUGGCCAAGGAUUUUUCAAAAGGCAGGGUGUUGGAUUAUAUUCCUAUGCAUAUGUUAUAUGUAUCAUUUGGGAAAGAGGCUAGAAUCUGAGCUGGAGCUGGUGUUAAUUGUGUAGAGAAAUUACAAGACCUACUACAUUCAAUUGGGAUUCAAACACUGGAAAACAAGAGGCUGCAAAGGGUGCCAUUACAAGUGCUGAAGCAUCUAAAAGGACACAAUUGAGGAAGAUAACAUUCAGGGUGCUCCGGUGAAAUUUGAUAAGAAUUCUAAUGGAGACAUGGAGAAUAAAUUUGAUGAGAAUUUCAAUUGAGACAUGGAGACACAACUUUAUAACGGAGCAUCUGAAUUUGUCACAAGCCAGCCAAUUGAAUUCUACCACCAUUUAUCACGGGAGCAAUAGAUAUAGGCACCUUUAUUGAGGUGACAAGAACUUGGGAUUCCAAUGUAAGACCAGGGGGAAGUUGAGAAAGCUAAUUUUUCUGCUCAUAUGUUUAAAUGGUUUUAACUUAGCAGUAAACUAUUUGCUAUUGUUGCCUUACCAAAAUAUCCAAACUACAGAGUUUAUUGGAAUUUUCGCAGCCGGAAAUGAGGGAAUUGGGUUCAUCUGCCAACUUCUAUGAAUGAGACAUGGGGCUUCCUACUUGGUGAGACCAAAAUGAUUACCUAUACAGAACCAUAUAAUGGAAGCGGAGUGAUCUCUGUUCUCCUCCAGCAGUUGACUUCAGUCACUCAAGAACAUGUGGGAGAAAACUUGAAACUGGUCACCAGAGUAGAUAAAGAGCUUGAAAGCCUUGGAGCAAAUCUGGUAGCCAUCAAAGCAGUUCUUACAGAUGCUGAAAUGAGACAAUUGAAAGAAGAAGCUGUGAAACUCUGGCUGGAAGAUCUCAAAGAUGUAUCCUACGACAUGGACUCUGUCCUAGAUAAAUGGAACACAGCCAUUCUCAAGUCAAAAUUCGACCAAGGAGAACCAAAGGUUGGGUCUUCUAUUCUCUUCUCUUGUUUUCAUUGUACCAAGCUAAGUCCUUCUGUGAUUACUCAUCGUCUUAAAAUUGCUAAAGAGAUCCAAAGCCUAAACAGAAAACUAGAGAUGAUCACCCUUAGAAAAAACAGGUUUGGUUUUAUAGAAACAAGUGAUGCUUCUCUUUUUUCACUGAGGCGACCAAACUACACCACCUCUUUUCUUGAUGUGCCUAUCAUUUAUGGUCAACACGACUACAAAGAACUUCUGAUUAAUCAGUUAAGGCUGGGAGGGACUGACCAAGAUGACAAGGAACUCAAAUUCAUUCCCAUUGUUGGAAUGGGAGGGAUUGGAAAGACUACUUUGGCUAGAAAUGCUUAUAAUGAUGCUGAAGUUAAGAGCCUUUUUAAAGGUAACAUGAUUUGGGUUUGUGUUUCAGACCCAUUUGAUAUUAGUAGGAUUGCCAAAGAAAUUAUUGAACAACUCACUCGUCAACCCCAACUGAUCACUGGGUUAGAGUUGUUAAUGAUUAAAUUUCAGGAAUCUAUCGAGGGCAAGAAGUUUUUACUCGUACUAGAUGAUGUGUGGACUACUGAUUAUAGUAAGUGGCUUUCAUUAGAACACGUUUUAAAGCUUGGCGCAAUUGGAAGUAGAGUUGUGGUGACUACACGGAACGAGGAAGUGGCCAAAAUGAUUGGAGAUACAAAUAAGAUAAGCCUGAGUAAAUUGAGUGAAGAAGAUUGUUGGUUGUUGCUAAAAGAAGUAGCACUUUCGAACAAGACAGAGCAAGAGAAGCAAAAUUUUGAUGUGAUUGGUCAAAAAAUUGCACGUAAAUGCAAUGGCUUACCUCUUGCUGCCAAGGCUUUAGGGAGUCUUUUGCGUGUUAAAGAUAUUGAAUAUUGGCAUGAAAUGUUAAGAAGUGAAAUUUGGGAGUUGAAAAAUAUGGAGGUGGAGCUUUUCAAUCCAUUGUUAUUUAGUUAUUAUGAUUUGACUCCUGUAGAAAGACGGUGUUUUUUGUAUUGUGCCAUCUUUCCUAAAGAUAAUGUUUUUGAUAGAGAUGACUUGAUCCAACAAUGGGUGGCACAAGGUUAUUUCAAGUCAAGGAACAAUGGUCAGCAUGAAUUUGAACAAUCAGGUCUGGUGUGUUUCCAAAAUUUAGCUACGCGGUCAUUUUUUCAAGAAUUUAAGUAUGAUAAUUAUAACUUCACUCUUGAAUGCAAGAUGCAUGAUAUAGUGCAUGAUUUCGCCAAAUAUCUUACGAAAAAUGAAUAUUCGAUUCAAAUCAUUUCUGAUGUUGAAAAGAGAGUUGAGUUGAACAUUCGUCAUCUCAACUUAAUUCAUGUUUCUUUGGCCAUUCCAACUUUCUCAAAUCUCAAGAAGAAGAAGAAUUUGCACACUCUUAUGGUUAGGUGUCAUUUUGGGUGUAUGGUCCCUGGUGAGCACUUGAGAUGUCUCAAGACAUUAAUUUUGAAGGGAGAAUUGAUGAAAUUGCCAACAAAUAUUGGUGAUUUGAUACAUUUGAGAUAUAUUAGCAUCGAUUCGGGUAUUGAAAUUAUGAUAAAUGUGCCUCCAACAAUUGGAAAUUUGCUUAAUCUGCAAACCUUAAAGUUCUUUAGUCGGAUUAAAGAACUUCCAGAAGAAGUUGGAAAACUAACUAACUUAAGGCAUCUUCUGUUAAGUGAGGGGGGAACUGAAACUAAGCAAAGCAGUAUUGGGAAGUUGACAAGCCUUCAAACUUUGGAAAAUCGAGAUCAACGCUUUUGGGCCUUUAAAAAAAACAGAAUGACAAUGGAGGUAAGAGAUUUUCGAAACUUGAACAAUCUUCGUAAAAUUUGGUUGGAAGGUUUAGGCAGAGAAGAACACAAGGAAGAGGCUAAGGAAGCUCAACUUCAUAACAAAACAUCUCUUGUCCACUUGCAUCUGAUAUUUGAUUUUAAUUCAGAGAUGGAGACUCAUGAAAUUGUACUUGAAACUUUGCGACCACAUGAAAACUUACAAUAUUUAAGAAUUGAAGGAUAUCUUGGUGGUUCAUUUUCUCCUAGUUGGAUGGUGUCAUUGAUUAAUAUGAGAAGCUUAUGUUUGUAUGAAUGUGUUAACUACAACAAAAUGCCUCCUUUGGGGAAACUCCCAUGCCUCGAAUCGCUUUCCAUACAAUGGUCUCGUGGUUUGGAGAAGAUGGGGGCUGAGUUUUUGGGAGUAGAAAUCUAUGACAACACAUCAUCAGCAACAGAGUUGUUAUUAUUUCCCAAACUGAAACAACUCCAAAUCAAAAAUGCAGAUUCAUUGAAGGAAUGGGUAGGAGUGGUGGGGUGGAAAAUGAAUGGCCCUUUGAAAAUAAUGCCUUCUCUUGAGACCUUGCAACUCACUGGCUGCCUUGUGCUGGAAAGUUUGCCUGACUUUCUUGAGUCAACACCACUGAAGAAUUUGGAGAUUCGUCGUUGUGAUAUUUUAGAGAAUACUUGCAAGAGGGAGACAGGAGAUGAUUGGCCCAAGAUUUGUCAUGUCCCGAACAUUAUUAUUGAAAAGUGAAAGUAAAUAGAUGAAGAAGAGGUAUUAAGGAAAGGGUUUAGCCCAAAUGAUGAAGACUGAGGAAUACUUCCUGAGAGAUGAAGGCUUAUGACCUCUUGGGCUCCGCCGAUGAACUGGCCACCAAUGAAGAUGGCGGGCAGAGUAGGACUGCAGCCGAGCAGGGUGAGCGCUUGCUCGAUCGCCCUGAUGCUGCUGCUCUCUAUUGGGAUUUUGUCUAGCUCAUAAACUGUUGGGUUGGCCCCAAAGCUAUAAAACAAGGACUUUAUGCUGUGGCACAUGCAACAACUGCUUCUGCUGAAGAUCACCAAAGGAGUAUCGGAUACCAUCCUUGUCACCAUCUCCAUUUUUUCUCAAAACAAAGAAAAAUGAUUCACAAACCGAUGUGAUGAUGAUGAUGAUUAUAAGUAGUUAGUAUAUGUAAUGACUUUUUGUUGUGGUAAAAUUAGGUAAUACUGUUUGUGCUUUUUGUGAUGGGGGUACCAUUAUUAUUAUAAUAUUUGUAGCACCUACAUAAAGAAAGAUCUAUAGAGAUCAAAUCCAAAAAGUUUGAUAGUGAAGGAAUUAAAGAUCAAACUUUGAUAUCAUAUUAUUAUUUUGGAAAA